AUGGCGGCUCGACGCUCGAUGCUGUUGCCCAGCUCCGUCGACGGCCGGACCGGACUGCCCGAACUGAAAGAUGCGGAGUACGUCCGCGAGGUUUUGGGCCGCUCCGAUGGCGCCACCGAGUCGGAUAUCGAGCAGGAGCUGGUCUCGAGGGCGGCGGCACUCCGGAUUGACCUGCCAACGCCACGACGGCCCAGCACACAGGACCACAGGAUCGCCGCUGGCCGGUUCCUUGAGACGCCCCCUUUACAACAUAGCCGGCCAGGUUCGGCGGUCUCGGCUAGGACCGCACAGAGUAUCAUGACGUCGCGGACAGCAGACCAGCCGCCAGCGAUAGCGACGGCAACGGCGAUCGCUGGCCCACUGCCAGAAGUUUCGACAAAGAGAAAGUCCAGGUCCCUCAGCUUCUCCCAGUACGAAAAGUAUAUCAGCCAGGUUGAUCCUGCGCUGAUUCAGCUUAAGCUUCCCAGGCGAACCCCUGUUGAGAGGGCGGAAUGGACAGGAGGGGUCCUGGUGAAAUCGAGGACAAAAAAAGGAGUCAGGGGCUUCACCCGGAGCAUCGCGGCUAGGCUGAGGGGGAGGAGGCCGAGCCCGAGCUUGCCCAUCAAUACCUUACACGCGCUUCCGUGCGGCCACUAUUACUGCCGCGACUGCCUGGCCGUCAUGGUAGAGCAGUCCAUGCUGGACGAAUCGAGAAUGCCGCCGAGGUGUUGCACCCAGCCCAUCCCGAGCGCCAUCAUCAAGGUGGUCCUCACGGCCGAGAAGCAGGACCAGUUCCUCAAGGCCGUGCUGCAGUACAACACGCCCUGGGAGGCGCGCAUCUUCUGCCCCAACACGGCCUGCGGCAAGUUCAUCCCGCCCGCCGACAAGAUGGACCCCAAGCACCCCUUCGAGGCGCUCUGCCAGGCCUGCCGGACGCAGGUCUGCCUCCUGUGCAAGCGGCACGCGCACGAGCUCGGGCAGGACUGCCCCGAGGACCGCGACAGCGACGCCGUGCUCAAGAUGGGCGAGUCGUCGGGCUGGCGCCGCUGCUACAAGUGCCGGUCGCUGGUCGAGCUCGCCCAGGGCUGCACCCACAUCACCUGCCGCUGCAAGGCCCAGUUCUGCUACAUCUGCGGCGCCGUCUGGGACCAGUCCGUCGGGUGUCCCAACUUUUGCAACGGCGAGGAGGAGAUGGAGCGGCGGCGCGCCGAGGAGGAGGCCCGGCUCGCGGAGCUGGAGGCUGAGAAAGUGGCGCGGGAAAAGGCGGCCGAGGCGGAGGAGAGGGCGAAGGAAGAGGCCGAGAGGAGGACGCGCGAGCAUCCCGAGUUCAAGGCGCUGCGGGCGCGGCAGGAGGCCGAGAUGGCCAGGUUCAACGAGUAUGAGCAGAGGGUGAAGGACGCGCUGCAGACACGACAGCACCGGGAGAAGGUGGCGCUGGGGGAUAAGUAUGCGGACCUUAUGCUCAAGAUGCGCGACCGCCACGCCAAGACGGAACAGCACCUCGAAGACCGCCAGGUCUUGGCCGAGAUCAAGCUGCAGGCCAGCCUGGAGGAGAAGGAGAAGCGGGUGCAGAUUAAACUGAGGCACAUGGAGGACUACUGCAACGGCAAGGCCACCCUCCCGCUUCCUGGCGAGCAACAACCACAACAACAACCACAACAACAACCACAACAACAACCACAACAACAACCACAACAACCAGAAUCACAGUCACAACCACAACCACGCCCACCAUCAUCACCACCACAACAACCAGACCCCCAACAAUCAACCACCACCACCACCACCACCACCACCCCCAACCCCCCCACCCUCCCCCACCGCCUCGUAACCUCCCGCGACCUCGAACAACUCCGCCAACAAUACUUCCUCCGCGACGGCAUGGCGCGCCGCCACCAGUCGCAAAUCCACGGCCUCCGCGAAAAACAAGCCAAGCGCAUGGAAGAGCUGGUCGCGCGCCACGAACUCGAAACGGAAUCCCUCGCCGCCCGCCGCGCCUCCGAGCUGGUCGCGCUGGUGGUGCAGUUCGCGAACGCGGACGAGGCGCUGCUGCGCGCCUUUGCGGGGCGGAGGGAGCGGUUGGGGAGACGGUGGAGGUUGGAGGUGCGGGUGUUGAAGGCGGAGGUCCAGGGGCGGGAGGGGGGGCUGUUUGCGGAGGGGGAGGUGCCGGUUUUGGUGGGGGAGGGGGGGGAGUGGGAGGGGGAGGAAGGAGGGGUGUUGGGGUUGGGGGAGGUGUUGGAUUUUGGGGGGGUGGGUGGUGAUGAUGGGGGGUUUGGCUGUGGGGAUGGGGGUGGAGAUGAGUUGGUGGUGUCAGAUGAUGUGCGGUUGUUGGGGUGUGAUGCACAGUCGGUGGUGGUGUGA